CUCCUUCUUCUUCCUCCUCCGACGGCUCCUUCGUAGUCCUCGUCAGUUCUCCUUCGUCAUGGGCUUCGGUGACCUGAAAGCACCCUCCGGCCUCAAAGUGCUGAAUGACUUCCUGUCGGACCGCAGCUACAUAGAGGGGUAUGUCCCCUCUCAGGCCGAUGUGGCGGUCUUUGAGGCGAUCUCGUCGCUGCCCACGGCCGACCUGUGCCACGCCCUCCGCUGGUACAACCACAUCAAGUCUUACAAGGACCAGAAGAACAGUCUUCCAGGUGUGAAGAAAGCCCUGGGUCAGUACGGCCCUGCAGGUGUGGCUGACGCCACUUCUAGUUCCGGCCCUGCCACUGCCUCAAAGGACGAUGACGACGAUGACAUCGACCUGUUCGGCUCCGACGACGAGGAAGACUCGGAGGCAGCCAAGUUGAAGGAGCAGCGUCUGGCAGAGUACGCUGCCAAGAAGUCCAAGAAGCCCGCCCUCAUCGCCAAGUCUUCGAUCUUAUUGGACGUUAAGCCGUGGGAUGACGAGACCGACAUGGCCCAGCUGGAGGAGUGUGUUCGCAGUAUUCAGAUGGACGGGCUGGUCUGGGGACAAUCCAAACUGGUCCCGGUAGGUUACGGCAUCAAGAAGCUGCAGAUCGGCUGCGUGGUUGAAGACGACAAGGUGGGCACAGACAUCCUGGAGGAGCACAUCACUGCCUUUGAGGAUUACGUUCAGUCGAUGGACGUUGCUGCUUUCAACAAGAUCUGAAAACACAACAAACAUCAAAUCAUGUUAAUAAAAAGCACUUCAACACAAA